AACAGCUAGAGGCUCACGGAGGCCACUCACCUCCCGUUCGUUUCUUGCAUUGCAUCUCGCUCUCUCUCUCUCUCUCCCCUUCCCUCCUUCCUUCCUUCUAAAAUGCUACUCCAUGCUCCACCUUCACCAUGUCUCUCCUUACUAAGCACAAAAUCACGACCCAAAGCAGGACUACUUUCACCAGAGAAUUGUCUUCUAUCGUCAGAUAUAUACUAUUCUAUUCCGCCUAAAAGACUUGAAAACUCCAUAUGGGUAUCGAGCAAACGGUCCAUUUUUAGCUCUGCUACUACUAAAGCUGCCUCUGUUGAAGGUGUAGCUGGUGCUUCAGCAAUAUCUACUGGGGUGGCUGAGAGUGAUGUGCUGAAAGCCUUGUCUCAAAUCAUCGACCCCGACUUUGGGACAGAUAUUGUAUCGUGUGGUUUUGUGAAAGAUCUACACAUCAAUGAGUCUUCAGGAGAGGUUUCAUUUCGGUUGGAGCUUACUACACCAGCAUGUCCAAUCAAGGACAUGUUUGAGCAGAAGGCAAAUGAGGUGGUUGCAAUGCUUCCUUGGGUGAAGAACGUGAAUGUGACAAUGUCAGCACAACCUGCACGACCCAUUUUUUCUGAGCAACUCCCAGUGGGUUUACAAAAAAUCUCAAGUAUUGUGGCAGUUUCAAGUUGCAAGGGAGGUGUGGGAAAAUCAACAGUAGCAGUAAACCUGGCUUACAGUUUGGCUGGUAUGGGCGCCAGAGUUGGUAUCUUUGAUGCUGAUGUCUAUGGUCCCAGUUUACCGACAAUGGUGUCCCCUGAAAACCGACUGCUAGAAAUGAAUCCAGAGAAGCGUACCAUAAUUCCAACUGAAUACUUAGGAGUUAAAUUGAUUUCUUUUGGAUUUGCCGGACAAGGUCGUGCAAUAAUGCGAGGUCCAAUGGUUUCCGGGGUCAUCAACCAACUUCUGACUACUGCUGAGUGGGGAGAGUUGGAUUAUCUGGUUGUUGACAUGCCCCCUGGAACCGGUGAUAUCCAGCUCACUUUAUGCCAGGUAGUCCCUUUAACUGCGGCUGUUAUUGUUACCACCCCUCAAAAGCUAGCAUUUAUUGAUGUUGCAAAAGGAGUUCGCAUGUUUUCAAAGCUUAAGGUACCAUGUGUUGCUGUCGUUGAGAAUAUGUGCCACUUUGAUGCUGAUGGAAAACGCUAUUAUCCAUUUGGAAGAGGUUCAGGCUCUCAGGUGGUCGAGCAAUUUGGAAUCCCUCAUCUAUUUGAUCUUCCCAUCAGACCAACUCUGUCUGCUUCUGGAGAUAGUGGAAUGCCUGAAGUGGUGGCCAAUCCUCAAGGUGAAGUUGCAAAGACAUUUCAGAACCUUGGAAUUUGUGUUGUGCAACAGUGUGCCAAGAUUCGCCAACAAGUAUCUACAGCUGUCAGAUACGAUAAAUCUAUCAAUGCAAUCAGGGUGAAGGUACCAGAUUCAGAUGAAGAAUUCCUUCUGCAUCCUGCAACUGUUAGACGGAAUGAUCGUUCUGCCCAAAGUGUGGAUGAAUGGACAGGGGAGCAAAAAUUGCAAUAUACAGAUGUUCCAGAAGAUAUUGAACCUGAAGAUAUUCGUCCUAUGGGGAACUAUGCUGUUUCGAUAACAUGGCCUGAUGGAUUCAGCCAGAUCGCACCUUAUGAUCAGCUGCAAAUGAUGGAGAGGUUAGUCGAUUGUCCUCAACCAACUCCUGCACAGGCUUGAUUCUAUUACCAUUAUUUGUCAACCUACAACUCAGUUGGGUGGACUGCAUCAAUGCCUUUAGGACGAUAUAUGAAGCAAGUUUAGAAACUUUUGUUUUUUUGCUCGCCUGCGGGCAUAAUACUAUCUAGUGUAGAUUAGUAGAAUCUUGAGAUCAAUAGGUCAGUCUAAACAGUUACCUGAAUUUUUUAUGAGUCAUACAUCCUAGGACUCUACUCAUAUUAGUUUAUUUUUUCCCAUUGUAUACUGUUUAGGCAAUUAUGUAUGAGAGAUUCCUCCAGUGUUGCAAGGUA